AUGGACGAGGGAUUCCAGGGCAUUGCUGGAGAGCCAGGUCCAGAUGGCCCCUCAGGACCUCCGGGCCCACCUGGACGGAUAGGACCGACAGGUAUCCCUGGGCCUCUGGGAGAGAGGGGCUUCACUGGGAAGGAAGGUGUGGAGGGACCACAGGGCUCAGUAGGCACGUAUGGUUUCCCGGGUAACGUGGGAAUGCGUGGUACAACAGCUCACAUGGGAGAGAGAGGAGAGACCGGUGUGAGAGGCCUGCCUGGUCCUUCUGGGAAGCCUGGACCUCCAGGUUUAUCAGGACCUCCUGGGGAGAGAGGACCUCCAGGACCUCAGGGUCGGCUGGGGGAUCUGGGACCCACAGGGUCAGAGGGCCUACAGGGACCCCCGGGUCUGCAGGGUUCAGAUGGAGGGACAGGGAAGCCGGGGCCCAGGGGAAGCAGAGGGCCUCCGGGGACACAAGGUCCUGACGGACCAGCAGGAACCUCAGGAAUUUCAGGUGCUGGUGGACUCAUAGGACCAGCAGGGGAAAGAGGAGAAAUGGGUAUGCUGGGACCUCAUGGGGAUCUUGGUCCUCCUGGACUGGAUGGGGAACAGGGUACUCCUGGCCAAUCAGGGUUGGAGGGGCCACCAGGAACGAAAGGGGAACAGGGGGACCUAGGGCCUUGUGGGAAGUUUGGUCCUCCAGGGCAGCCUGGAGAUCGAGGCCUACAGGGGCUCAAAGGGUUGCAAGGCUCUCGUGGACAAAUGGGAAAAGAGGGUGAUGUUGGACCUACUGGCGAUGCUGGUGGUCCAGGUUUCAAAGGGGAGAAGGGUGAUGUGGGGCCUCUGGGGCCAACAGGGCGGAAUGGUCCAUGGGGGGCGCUGGGGGAGAAUGGGGAGAAGGGACCAAAAGGAGAAAAGGCCCACAUCGGACUUAUGGGUCAGCCAGGAUUUAUGGGAGGACUAGGACCUGCAGGCUUGUCAGGGCUACAGGGUAUCAUGGGCCCCAGGGGGCCUCCAGGGCCAGAUGGACCUGAAGGAGAGAAGGGCCAGUCUGGGUCUGGCGGAGCCAUCGGACGUCCUGGCAGAACAGGGCCUCCGGGGGUGGCUGGAGUCUCAGGGGUCAGAGGUGACCCAGGGAAGCCAAGAGCACAGGGUCCAGUUGGGAAGGUUGGGCCUGAGGGAGACUUGGGCCAUAAAGGUGAGCCAGGGCCAGACGGGGAAAAAGGGGAGCCAGGGGGAUCAGGCGAGCCAGGAGAACAGGGGCUCGACGGUCUGCCAGGCAUCAGAGGGCCACCAGCACUUCCUGGUUUAGAGGGGCUACAGGGUGAGGUGGGAGCCCAGGGGCCAGAAGGUCCCGUUGGGGUGCUGGGUGUCAGGGGAAGCCAAGGACCUGAGGGACAACAGGGACUGAAAGGAGAGAAGGGAGAUGACGGCAGAGAUGGAUCACCUGGAAAGACAGGUCACAUCGGAAGGAGGGGGAAAAGAGGCAAGGCUGGAAUCAGGGGCACAAGAGGAGAGAGAGGACCAAAGGGGAAAAGGGGAAAUGUGGGAUUGAUUGGUCCUCCAGGAUGGGCAGGGUCUAUAGGAAUCCCAGGCUUGCGAGGAGACGGAGGGGAUCAGGGUGAUAUAGGGAGCAAGGGAGAGAAAGGGGACAUAGGGCCGCUCGGUCCACCAGGGGGUGAUGGCCUAAAGGGUAGUCAGGGUCCUGUUGGGGUGCCAGGACAGACAGGUCCUAAGGGAGAUCAGGGGAAUAUUGGACCUUCUGGGCCAAGAGGAACACCUGGGAUGCCAGGACUACCUGGUUUGUUUGGAGAAAAGGGUUUGAAAGGAUUUGAGGGAUAUCCUGGGCAACCUGGUAAGAGGGGCCUGCCGGGGGCACCUGGACUCCCAGGACUUCCAGGUCCUUCAGUGAAUAUGACCCUCACUCAACUCAAGGCAAGUCAUUCAUCUUCGGCAAGUAGGACUGUGUCCCAAAAGCCACUAGAUGAAGUGGUGAAAGGAAUAACUCCAUAA